AUGGCGGAAAGGUUUCGACGAUUGAGGGAGCGAUUCUUGUCCAAGAUUCACCGACCCUUUUGCUACAAGAGAGUUCAGAAGAACACGGAUAACAGUGAAUUCAGUGAAUCGCAAGCCCACUUCGAAGCGACUUCGAAGAAAAAGAUCUCAUACGACUGCCUCGAUGCGGAUCAGGAGAACUGCAGCAAGACCCCAGAGGGCGCACCUUUACAGAGUGAGUGCGCCUCUCUUGAAGCAUCCGUUUGUAAGGAAAACGUUACUGUGGAGAUUACAGAGGAAGACGAAGUUGAAGAGCUUUCGCAAAUAAAGCAAACAGAGUCGCAAAAGAGGAGGCGUUCUUCGGCUUUCCAGCGAUUGGUUAGCUUAGUAAAACCAGAGAACAGAAGGCAUGCGAUUUGUGAGCAAAUGGAAAGGGAAAUUGAGACACGAGGCGUGAGUUUAAGGCAGUAUCGAAAGUUCCUAGCAACAACCUACAUCUUGCACGAUUUAAAAAUGCUGUAA